UUCUCUUUCUCAACCCAGCAUGUCUCUACCAUUGUUACUUAGUUUCCAUCCUCUCCUCCUCCUUGCCGCACUUGUCUUUACUCUUUCAUCGUCAUUCCUGCUACUACUAUCUCACCUGAAACCAGCGAGGGAUGGCCGGAAACAACCGCCAGGUCCACCGGCCUGGCCGGUGAUCGGCAACCUCCAUCUGUUGGGCACCCUCCCCCACCGAUCCCUUCAAUCUCUUGCCAAACGAUACGGUCCCGUCAUGUCCUUACGACUAGGACAGGUCCCUGCUGUUGUGGUCUCAUCCCCUGAAGCCGCCGAGCUUGUCCUCAAGACGCACGACGUCGUUUUCUCGAGCCAUCCGAGAACUCGGGCGUCUGAGUCCCUGUCCUAUGGCUCAAAGGGAGUGGCUUUCUCAGAAUAUGGUCCCUACUGGCGCAGCGUGAGGAAGCUCUGUAUUUUGCAGUUUCUGAGCGCGUCGAAAGUGGAGAUGUUUGGUCCCAUAAGAAGGGAGGAGCUGGGAGAGGCGGUGGAGUCGAUAAAGAAAUCGGCGGCGGCGCGUGAGGUGGUGGAUGUGAGUGAGAAUGUGGGGGAGGUUAUAGAGGGCAUGAUCUACAGAAUGAUAUUGGGGCGCAAGAGAGACGACAGGUUUGAUGUUAAGGGAAUCGUUCAAGAGGCGAUGAGCUUGGUGGGAGCUUUCAAUAUUGCAGCUUUCUUGCCUUUCUUGGGCCCUUUCGAUAUUCAGCUUGCUUUUCCUCUCACCGUCGGCCUGCAUCUGGUUAUCCUCGUGCAUCUCGGCAGCGAGAAGUGGGAGGCACUAGAAUUUGUUCCUUCUUUGCUGCUGUCCCAUGUAGAGCGUCCGUGUGCGCAUGUGUGUGUUUAGCUUCAAUCCUUCUUGCUUUCCAUCUGCUGAACGUUUCCUACAGGUGUAUGAUAAGCUAAAUUCCUCUCUUUUUUCU